GGUAUAAUAACUAGAGAGGUGUGGCAAAUCCAAGAUGGCUUCUGGGGACACCUCUGUCAAAGAAGAAGAUGAAGAAGAGCCCCGUGUCUCAGAGGAAGAAAGAGAAGAGGCUCUGAAAUUGUUAGCAGAACUAGAAACUAAAGCUGAACAGAAGAGAGACAUUAGAGAAAAGAACUUACAUGCCUCAGAUAAUCGACCGGAUGAAGAUGAGCUAAGACGAGGUGAUGGGAGCAUAAAGAAGAACACUGCCUUUUCAAAGAAACUAAAAGAUCUCUCUGAGGCCAAACGAGAGUCUCUCGUUGCAGAGUUUAAAAAACUCAACCUUACCAAGUACUUAACUGAAGCCGCAACAAGUAUUGCAGAAGCAAAAAUGAAACUAUCAGAUGUCAGCUGUGCAGUUCACAUAUGCUCGUUGAUUCAUUGCCGCUAUGACGAGUUCUCUGACCACUUGUUGGACCUACUACAAAAGAUUUAUUCGGGAAAGAUUGAAAAAAGCAACUCAGACGAGAAAAAUGCAAAUUCAACUAAGUACAGAUUAGGACUGAGGCUUACUGGAGAGCUUCUCAUAGCUGGGGUCAUUGAUCAAGAUAUUGGAGUUGCUUUAUUGAUGGAAAUGCUAACGGAAGUUGUAACUGCCGAUAAAAAAGAGCCAGACCACACCUACUUACCUGUGAUAGUCGGGUUUUCAAGACAUCUAGCCGAGGAUAUUGCUGGUUUUAUGCCUCGAAAAAACAAAUUAUUAUUAACUAAGUAUGGACUGGAAUCACCUCAGACAAGAUUCUUAAGUGAUGAUCAGCAAGGAAUGUUUCGUUCAUUGUUGCUUGGGUAUUACGAUACUGUUAAAAGAUAUCUGAUAUCUCAACACAAAGAGAUGCACAGAAGAGCCAGGAGGAACAUUCAGAUUAUGCAAAGUAAAGGAGAAUUGUCAUCAGAGCGAGAAGAAGAGAAUGAAAAAGCUCAGAAAAAUUAUGAGAAACUUGUGACUAGCAUCUCCACGCUAUCAGAUGUUUUGGAUCAAGAUUUUCCUGACUUACCUGAAGAUACUGUCCUGCCCGAGACCUUUCAAUCAUCUUCUAUUGAUCUUCAGUUACCAUCUUUCUCUUCUGAUAAUGAGUUUAGUACCUCGUCUCUCUGGGAAGAUGAAGAGCAGAGAUCGUUUUAUGAAGACAUCACUGACAUUAAACCUCAUAUACCAGCUAUAUUAUUCGAAGGCAUUGAUAGUAAGAGAAAAGGAAAUAAUGUCUCUGAGUCUUCAGAUGUAUCAGAAGGAGAUACAGGAGAAGGGGGAGCGGGAGGCAUAGGGGGAGAGGGAGAGGGGGAAGGAGGAGAGGGAGAGGGAGAGUGUGAAGGAGGAGAAGAGGGUGAUGAAAAAGCCCGUCAGAUUAUAUUGGAGGAGUUAAUAAAAGAGACAGAGGAGCAAUCGUCUGAUGAUCAGGAAGAGUAUGAGGAAGAGGGUGGGGCCACUGGUGAUGAUGGAGAAGAUUCUGUUUCCCAUGUCACUAUUGGGCCGGUUGAUGAGUCUAGUGGGAGUGGUCUAUCUACUGAUGUUAGUAAAUUUGAUGAGUUAGCUCUGAAGCUACCAAACAUGAUGAACAAGAAAUUCGUUGAUGAGUUUGCUGUCGAGUUUUGUUUGAUAAAUUCGAAAAUCAAUCGGGUUAAAUUGGCCAAAGUUCUAUUCAACGUAGACAAGAACAGAAUGGAUCUUAUACCGUUUUAUUCUCGUCUCUUGGUCACGAUCAAUCCUUGUCUUCCUGAUGUACCAGAAUUAGUCAUGGAUAUGUUAAAUAGAGAUUUCAAGUUUCAACUUAGAAAGAAAGACCAAAUUCAUGUGUACACUAAAAUCAAAAAUGCCCGUUAUAUUGCUGAAUUAACAAAGUUUGGGUUGUUUCCAAAGCCCGAGGCAAUGAGAUGCAUAACAAGAACUCUACAAGAUUUUACGCAUCACAACGUUGAAUUGGCUUGUACAUUGAUUGAGCACUGUGGGCGGUACCUCCUAAGAUCAAAAGAGUCUCAUUUGAGAGCAGGAGCCAUCAUGGAGAUCCUUGUUCGUAAAAAGUCUGUCCACCAUCUUGAUGGUCGUCAGAAGUCAAUGGUAGAGGAUGCCCUGUAUGCUGCUAAUCCUCCUGAUGUCUCUGCCACCACAGUAAUAGUCAGGCCUCCAUUGCAAGCAUACAUACUCAAACUCCUUUAUAAAGACCUCAACAAGAGGACUGUGGAGAAGGUUUUAAAGCAGUUUCGCAAACUACCUUGGAAUGACCCUGAAGUGUUUAAUUAUGCUGUUGUUGCAUUAUCUGAGAUAUGGCGUGUUAAGUUUAGCAAUGUUCAUUGUGUGGCGGACAUAUUGUCUGGUCUGAAGAUCUAUCAGAACAAAGCUGUAGUCUGGAUCAUUGAUGCAACACUUGAAGACAUUAGACUAGGUUUAGAGACCAACCUGCCACACAUGAAUCAGAGGAGGAUGGCAGUUAUCAAGUUUUUGGGUGAACUCUACACAUACCAACUGAUUGAAGCAAACGUUGUAUUCAGGACACUCUACACCUUAUUGACAUUUGGCUAUAACUCACAAGGUCUUGCUGGUUCUCUUGAUCCUUUUGACUCUUAUUUCAGAGCUAGACUAGUUUGCAUGUUGCUGGAUACUUGUGGCAGUUAUUUUGACCAUGGAUCCUCCAAACGCAAACUCGACUCCUUUAUCAUUGUUUUUCAAUGUUAUCUGUUAAACAAACGUCAGCCAUUGCCACUUGAAGUUGAAUACGCUAUCACGGACUGUCUCCUCUCCCUUCGUCGUAACCUUGUUCUAUACAACAACGUAACUGAAGCUCAGGAGGCUCUCUCUGAACUUGAAAAGACCUUCAGGACCAAACUAGGAGAGAGUGAUGGGGGAGAGGAUGGAGGAGGAGAGGAGAGUGAUGAUGAGGAUGAGAGAGGGUUUGAUCGGGGAGGGAAGCAAGAGGGGGAGGAGGAGGAGGAGGAAGGAGAAGAGAAUGAGGAGGAGGAGGAUGUUGAGGAUGACGAGAUGUCCGACUUGGUUGAUUUUGGUGAUGAUACAGCUGUGAUAAACAAGGGUCCGGAGUUAUUGAAAUGUGCAGAAGAUGACGACUUUUUGGCUGAAUUUGAUAAAAUGAUAACAGAAACUCGUAGAGCUGAUGUUCCUAAAGUUCCUGUUGUUGAUAUAGCUAUACCUAUAACACUUCGUAAACCAAUUGAAAAACCAGCUACUACCAGCACUGUUGAAGAUAAAGGUCAAAUGAAGUUCACAGUUUUGAUGAAGAAAGGAAACAAGCCUCAGCUCAAAGAGUUGAAUGUACCAGCUGACAAUAUCCUGGCAUCAGGCCUCAAGGAAACCCAACUGGCACUUGAGAACGAGAAGAAAGAAAUGAAAAAGAUUGUACUGACACACGAGCGAAGGCAAACUGAAGAACUGAGACAGGAAGAGGAAGCUCAAGAUUUCUAUCAAGUCAAUUCUUCUCGUCAAAAUCCAUUGAGACAACCACCUCAACACCAUCCAGCCUGGAAUCCUCAGCAUCACCAUGGCAACCGUUUUAAGCCACACCCACAUAAGAAACCCCCUGGAUGGAACAGUAGGAAGUGAUGGAAUGACUUGGCGUUGUUAUUACGCAAUCACCGAGUGACCUGUUGCUGAAGAGGAGAUGUGAAAAAAUUUAAAAUUAUAAUUUUGAUGAACUCAAAAUUAGACCAUUAUAAUAAAUGGAUUUUUGUCUCAUUCGUAAUUAUUACCUAUUAUUAUAUUGUGUUUGUGUUUCGACCUAACCCUGGGGCUAUGUCUCAGGACCCAGCUACCAUAA